CUACUUUAGUCAAUCCUCUUUGUCUCCAUCGAUCAUUAAUUGCAACAAAGUGUUGAUUAUUCCUCCUGUUUAUUCAUUGUUGAUUAAUUAUUGAUCUGAUUAUAAUGCCAAAGAAUAAAAAGCGGAAGGGUUAUUCUCAACUGAGAGAGAAGAAUGCAAAACUGAAAAAUGGGGUGGAGGCAACAAAAUCGUCGGUCAAAAAACCCUUGAAAAAUAUUAAUGGCUCAGGGGAAGAUUCUCGAUCUCAUACCUCUGAAGAUGUCGAGAUUAUUGACAGACAGAGAGAGAUAGCAACGACUGCAUCUCAGAAUCAUAAUGACGUGAACAUGAACGAUAACGAUGUGGCAUACGCCAUGAAGGCUGUGGAUCAGAACAUGCACAAAUUAUUUGAUCGUAUCAGGUAUUCUGAAGAUGCUGUUUCAACUUUACCUGACAGAUCUUGGGCGAUUCACUGUACAGAGCUUCCAGUUAAAAGGAUUGUUAUCAGUGAAAUGAUAAUGCAUAAUAUCGGUGGCUCUGGAUUAGAGCCUUUUUACAUUAAACAGAUUGUUUUCGAUGAGAAGCUAAACUUCGAAAUCUUCCUCUUGAACUCGCGAACGGUCUUAAAAGACAAGCCCUCGUCGAUCUGCAGUAUGGAGGACUUCGAGGCCCUUCUAGAUCACGUCCAAAGUCUGAAAUUGUGCUCAGGAGGUCCUGAUCAUGAGCAAUACAGUCAUUUAACUCCUGAGUGCGCUUAUAAGGAUCCAACAAACAAAUGGCGUCACAAUCUGUGCACUCUCGAAGUAAGUGGCUGCGAAACCUGCGAUUCUUGUCAAUCCUUGGAGGAAAUUCUUAAGCGUCAUGCACAAAGAGUCAAGCCGUCUGUUAAGCACAAAAAUGUAAUCAUGUCUAGCAGGAAGCGUCCAGGCCAAUCCAAGGACACGUAGAACUCCAGUUAUAUACUCUGUGAUGCAUUUGAGCAAAUUAUUACCUAAUUCAGAUUUUUUUAAUGUACAUAAUAUUUGUUUCGUCAUUUCUUCCACAACGAAAAUGUAAAUAAAAAUUAAUGCUCGUUGAAAA